AUGAAACAUGAAGAGAUAAAUGCAGAAGACAAUGAUUCCACAGUGAAGCAGUUUGACCUGCUGGGAUUCUCUGACCUUCCAAACCUCCGAGGGUUCCUGUCUGGUAUGUUCUCUAUCAUUUACAUCAUCAUCCUAUUUGGAAACACCCUCAUAAUCAUAAUAACAAGACUUGAUCCUGCACUACAGAAACCCAUGUAUUUUUUCUUGGCAAAUUUUUCUUCCCUGGAAAUUUGUUAUGUGUCAGUCACUGUCCCCAGGAUUCUGGUCAACAUGUGGACUCAGAAUAGACGCAUGACUCUGCUGAACUGUGCCACCCAGUUAUGCUUUUUCCUCAUACUGGCAACCACUGAAAGUUUCCUCCUGGCUGUGAUGGCCUAUGACCGCUACGUGGCCGUCUGUAACCCUCUGCACUAUGCUCUCGUCAUGAACCCAACAAAGUGUAUUCAACUGGCUGCUGGCUCCUGGCUCAGUGGAAUCCCAGUCCAGAUAGGGCAAACCUGUCAAAUAUUCUCUCUGCAUUUUUGUAAUUCUAACCAAAUUGAUCAUUUUUUCUGUGACAUACCCCCUAUUAUUAAGCUAGCCUGUGGGGACACUUCUGUGCAUGAGCUGUCUGUCUUUGUGGUAUCUAUGUUGUUUGCUGGAUUACCUUUUAUACUGAUACUUGCUUCUUACAGCAAAAUCAUUUCCACCAUUCUGAGGUUGCCCACAGCCACAGGACAGUGUAAGGCAUUCUCCACGUGUUCUUCUCACCUGCUGGUUGUGAUUUUAUUUUAUGGAUCAGCAACUAUUACCUACUUAAGACCAAAAUCAAGUCAUUCUGCAGGAACUGACAGAUUGCUGUCUCUUUUCUACACAAUUGUGACUCCCAUGUUCAAUCCAAUGAUAUAUAGUCUUAGGAACAAGGAUGUGAUUGCAGGGCUGAGAAGAUUAUUACUUAAAACAUAG